AUGCCGAGCAUACUCACAUUAAUAAUCGCGGCGAUGGCCGCAGCCCCGGUCGCCAUGGGCCACAGCUGGAUUGAGCAGCUGCGCAACGUCAACGACAAAGGCGAAUACGUUGGGGAAUAUGGCUACCCGCGAGGCAUGGUCGCGAAAACCGAUCCAGGCUAUAGCGGCACCUCGAUGAACUAUGAGAUUCCCGGCGACAAAACACCAGGCAACGUCUUCAUUACAAACAGUACGCUACUAUGUCACGAAAAGCAACGUAAACAAGAGCAGUCUCAGGACAAAUAUCCUCGUCUUCAAGCCACACCUGGUGGUUUCGUAGCCAUGCGGUAUACGGAGAAUGGACAUGUUUCUCUACCCAACAACCAGUUAGGAAAACCCAAGAAGGGCGGUACCAUUUUUGUGUACGGCACCACUUCACCAAAGGAGGACGAGCAUUUAGUGACGGUUUUGAGCUGGACUCAAGAUGGCCAGGGCGGGGACAAGCGCGGCAAGCUACUCACCAUGAACAAUUUCGACGACGGCCGUUGCUACGAGCAGAAUGAUUCACCUAUCGCCACCGAGCGCAAGAAAUCCGAUCCAAAUUUCGCAAUGGGACAAGCUGUCGAAGGGGCACCAGGCAACUAUCCUCUCUCCUGCGAAACGAACGUUCAGAUUCCUGAUAGCGCCGAGAUGGGCAAGCCAUACACUAUCUACUGGGUCUGGCAAUGGAACACAGCUUCUGGCAAGAUCGAUCCAAGCUAUCCGAACGGAAAGGAUGAAUACUACAGCACAUGUAUCGAUGUCGAUGUCGCAUCCAAAGAUGUCGCGAUGGCUGAGGCUGCAGAGACAAAAUUCGAUCUUGGUCCUCAGCAAGAUGCCAUGACCGUUGCUGUAGCGGACUUCGCGUCUCGCACGGCUCUCAUGACAAAUGUCGUGCAAGGCGAAGUCGGACCCAUCUUUUCCGGAGGAUUACCCGCUGUUACGCCCUCUGCUACAGACGCGGCGCCCUCGCCAACCGGUGGCGCUCCAGCUGUCAGCAGUAUUGUUCCUUCUAUCAGCAGCGGAGCUCCAUUCCUCAACUACACUUUGCCAGUUCCUACUGAUAUCCCGACUCUCAGUGGGCGUCCUGGAGCAGCUUCUACAUCAUCGACGAACCCCGAUUCUGUCGUCACUGUUACCAACACCGUCAUGGUAACUGUUACACAGUCAGCUCCAACUCAACCUGCUGCUUCUGCAAUUACUCCUCGUGCAAUGCACAGCAUCUAUCACAAAAACGGUGCCAAGUUCAGGGGACUGUGA